AUAAUUGUUGUUUUGUUUAUAAUAUCACCAUUUAUCUAUACAAAUGGUAUUUAUUCUCGUGUGGCACAAUUUCCACAAAUUAAUCAACAAUGUUGUAAUGUUUUUAUGAAUUGGCUAUCAAGACAGCAACAAUUUCAAAUUACAAACAGUAAUAAUCAAAAAUUUAUUCUAUCACGUUUAUUAUUAAGAGAUACGAUUAAGACAAAUCUUUUCGUACAAACAAUGACCGAAAAUCAAUUUGGUAUUAGUUGUGGACAAAUAUUUUUUAUAACAAAAUUCAAAUAUGUUGAAUUAUUUAUAUUAAAUUUUAUAAUGAUUAUUUUAUUUUAU